CUAAGGCCCAAUACAAGGCGGCCCUCAAAAUCCGAAACCGGCUACAAGGCAAAGAGGACAUCUCCCAAGAGGAGAAGUCCAAACUAGCCUGGGCUGAGCAAAAGGUAUAAGAGGGGCGUCUUCACUAUGCGCAGCUGCCUCAGAUGAAGGAGAUGAUGGCCACCAAAAGGCAACGCUCGAUCGAGAGUGCCAAGGACACUCCGGCGUGCAAGCGGCAACGCGGGCCCAAGGUGGUUAUCCCUCAACUUACGACGAAAAAGCCCAAGCAGAAGCCCAAGUUGAGUGACAUGUGCAAGAGAAACCUCAUCGUGGCCCUGACCGACCGCAGCGAGGAAAAUGGGAAGAUGACGGCGGCGCAGUGGAAACAGGUCCACGCCCAGCUGGUGGAAUCCCUUUUCGCGCGAAUGGAGGACGCGCCGGACGCUCCCAUGCCCACCUUCGACGGUGCGGGAUGGCUGAACGGGGUGAAGAUCCUCAAGUGCAACGACGACCCGACGAGGAAGUGGCUGGUGCAAACGGCGCCCAAAUUGGAAGCUCUGUGGGAGGGGCCAAGCGGGAGGUAGUGGACAGGGAGAUGAUCCCGUCCAUCCCAAAGGCGAAGGUGCGAAGGGGACCGAGCACUGAAACUCCUCCAGAGGCAGAACACAGAUGUGCCAACGGCUGACUGGAGAAUCCUGCAUGUUGGUAUCCCAUUACCCAAUGAGGGGGGCCAGCACAUGAUCCUCCAGAUCAACAAGGAGGCAGAAGACAUCCUCUACCCGAGAUUCGGGAAGAUGGCAUGGGGCGUAGGCAGUGUUUACCUACGUCUCAAAAAGCGCCAUCCCGAAGACAAGGACGCGCAUACCCUGCAGGCAGGCGAGGUGGAAAAGGACCUAGGUCUGGAGUCCAUCGUGGAGGCCGCCCAGGAUCUUGCGCUGGACGACUCUGAUGCCGCAGAGGACGAGGACGGUUACCUGUUAUAUAGUUAACCCGUCGUGUGCAGUUGAGCCAGCCUCCCAUGACAUUGAGAGUGCUGCAGCUCAACUUGCAUAAAAGCAAGAUCGCGCCCCUCAUUGCCUUGGAGCAAGGGCCCGUCGACAUAGCUUUGGUCCAGGAGCCAUGGCUUGCCUCCGGCAUUGCUGUGGCCAGAUUAAAGUCCUCUAAUUACAAUCUUUUCCACCCACCAUCGCACUGAUGAUAGCAUCCUGCUACAUGGCACACGACAG